AUGCAGUCGUCAUCGCCAUUGGCUGCUAUGCGCCCUGCCCCAACUCCAUCUUGGGGACAGUCAUCUCACCAGUACAUGUCUUCGCGAAACCCUUUUGGGUCGGGUAACUUUGAUAUUCGAGACCAUAUACAGCGGGCCAAGCCAGACUACUUCAGCCUGAAGACUAUUCGCGGCUCUUCUCCAGCUGCGAGUCUUGCCGCUGAUCUGUCGCAGAACUUCCGAAUCGACAACGAAGAAAGCCCGCGUUUCCCAACGCCCCGCCGGGCUCUCUUUACAUCUAACAUGAUGGAUUCCAUGCAGAAUCGUGGAUAUGUAACGACACCGCCUAUGCCCGCGACGUCUUCGCCUGCGCCUAUGGGCGACGCCAUGGAUAUUUCUCCGUUACCCCAGAAACAACAAUUCCUCAGCGCAUUUGAGGCCCAUGCGGCUACUCCCCUAGGAUCGCCCGGAGACGAUUUUGGUGACGAUGUCAUGAUGGAGUCUCCCAUCGUAAUGGCGCGUCAGUCUUCUACGGGGCUUGAACCAGCUAAGACAAUUUUUGAUAGCCGCAAGCGAGGAGGUAUGCGCCGGCCGUCUUUAUCACGAGCAAAGGGUCACUCUACUACUGCCCUCUUAUCCACUCGAUUGCAUGCAGAAAAUCAGGUGUCAACAUUCCAUUUUGGACCGACGUCUGGGGCAAUGUCGCCUGGUGAUUGCUUCGAUGAUUCCCCCUCGCAGGACAAACGCCCGCAGACGGCAAAUAGUCCCACGCCGAGCAAUUCCGGCUCUGUACGGCCGAAGCUUCAGUUUGCAAGCCUCACUGGAACUCGAGAUAUCCGCACCGGCUCUGGUUCUCCACUGCCUAGUCAUGUUCGCCGUCUUUCGAACCCGUUCGCCCGCCCUCGGCGCCAAUACCGCCGAUCCCUGAGCAUGUUCGACAACGCGGACGAUGUCGUGAAGGCUAGUGGCGAGGACGAUAUGCCUCACCAUGUGUUACAAUCCGUGAUGGAUGUAGAAGAAUCACAGGACCCUGUCUUGCCUCACUUUUUUCCUGAUGGUGAAAAUGACAAUAUCCCCCGAAUCUCGAAGGACACCUUUCUCGAUGUGCUGGACGGUAAAUUCAACGAAUUGUAUACUCAGAAAAUGGUGAUCGAUUGCCGGUUUGAAUAUGAGUAUGAAGGUGGUCAUAUUAUGACCGCCGUCAACCAUAAUGAUAAGGAGCUUCUUUCCAAGCAACUCUUCGAGAACCCCAUGGAAGGCCGAACGCUAUUGAUUUUCCACUGCGAGUAUUCUGCUUGUCGCGCGCCCAUGAUGGCUCGCCACAUUCGCGCAUCGGAUCGUAUGUUCAACGCGGAGUGUUACCCAAGAUUGACCUAUCCAGAAGUAUAUAUUCUGGAUGGCGGAUAUAGCGAAUUUUUUACCGAACAUCGUGAUCGAUGCCAUCCUCAAGCCUAUGUUGAGAUGGGUGCUCAAGAGCAUGCUAACACUUGUGAGCGCGAGUUGGGAAAGCUCCAACAGAAGCGCAAAGGAUUAGGUCGAGCCAAGACUUUUGCUUUUGGACAUCGGGAUUCUAUGGUUGAUGCUUCCCCUACUGCACCUAUGAGACGCCAUGAACAUGAAUCGCCCAUAAUGAUGAUCGGAAACUCCCCCAUCUUGGGAAAUAAUCGGUCGCCUGCUCGCCGCAUGGCUUCCUACUAA